UCAGGGACACUGCGGCAAUCAGGGACACUGCUGGACCACUUGUGCGGCAAUCAGGGACACUGCGGUGAUCAGGGACACUGCGGCAAUCAGGGACACUGCUGGGCCACUUGUGUGGCAAUCAGGGACACUGCUUGGCCACUGCGGCGAUACUGCUGGGCCACUUUUGUGACGAUCAGGGACACUGCUUGGCCACUGCGGCGAUCAGGGACACUACUUGGCCACUUGUGUGGCGAUCAGGAACACUGCGAUGAUCAGGGACACUGUGGCGAUCAGGAACACUGCUGGGCCACUAUGUGGCGAUCAGGGACACUGACAAUCAGGGACACUGCUGGGCCACUUGUUGGGCGAUCAGGGCCACUUGUGGGCAAUCAAGGCUACUUGUGGGCGAUCAGGGACACUUGUGGGUGAUCAGGGACACGUGGGGCAAUCAGGGUCACUUGUGGGCGAUCAGGGCCACUUGUGGGGCAAUCAGGGCCACUUGUUGGGGUGAUCAGGGACACGUGGGGCAAUCAGGGCCACUUGU